UUGCGCGCAAAAAAUAGAACCUUUAUCACUUUCUUAGCUUUCUUAUCAGCCCUAAACAUUUUUAUUAAACCGUCAAAACAAGAAAUUAAUAAGACAUGUAGUUUCUUCAUCCUUUUCUUGAUUUUUUUAAAAGAAUGUUUAAUCAUCUUCAGGAUCUCCUGGCUGAAAUUCAGGAGAGGAAUCAAUCAGAGGAAAUCCUUCCGCAUGAAGAGGAAUUUAUUGAGCAAAUCCAUUACUUGAGCAGCUGGGAGAAAAUUUUCCUGGAAAAGCGUCUGUAUUCCCUGGAAUGGCAAGUAGGAAGCCCCCAUUUAUUCGCCAUCCUGCAGAAGGAAGGAAUCUUCAACAUUUGCCUCUUCAUCACGUCCAGCAACAUCAGCAACGAUGACAACAUCCUCAUCCUCAACGAUCUGCUGGAAGUUGAGCACAGCCUCUUGGCUGAAGUAAUCUUGGGAGCUGCAGCUGAAAUUCCUCAAUCUGAGAAGGUGGUUUGCCUCCUUGAGCGCUGCUGUGACAGUGCUCUGAGAGAUUUGCUAAAUGAUCCUCAACUCAAAAUCCCAAACUACCUGGAACACCUUGAGGGGCUUUUGCGCGACAAAGAGGACCUCCAGCACUUCCGGAACCUUCAUUUGGAAGUCCUAAUCUCCAUGGAGCACUCAAAAGUACUGGAAGCUCUAAAGAAGCAGAAGAUUUGGGCAGGAGAGGAUGUUUUUGAGGCAAAUAAAUCCCUAAAGGAGCUCAUGGGGUACGUUACAAAGCCCCAAAGGGAGUCCUUGGAUGCUCUGCUGGGACAAAUGACAAAGACAAACUUCUCCGGAUGGAAAUAUUCUCUGGGAAUCUUGAGAUUUAUCCUCAAAACUGCCUCUAUGGAUGACCAGCUGCAUGUUAAGAAAUACGUGGAGGGGCUGUUUUGGAAGGCCUGCAUUUCCCGGAAUGAGCAACAAUUCCAGAUUUGCGUCCUCCUGGCCAGGGAGAUGUGCUACGCAAGGGCAGAAGAGAAGAAAUCCACCUACUUGACGUGGUACAAAGCAACAGUGUCUGAGAUGAGCUACAAAAUCCAACCAGAAGACUUUCGCACAAUUCUAACCUUUCUAACUGAUCUCAUUCGCGUGGAGGAGGACCCAGACUUCCUGGAUGUUCACAUUACGUCCGCUGUGCCAGCUCCUCCACGUUGCAAUGAGAUUGUUCAUGAAUUCAAACAAAUCUCUCGGAUUCGUCGCAAUGAGCUUAAUCCUGGUAUUGUUCAGGACGAAGCUGGUGUACUAAUUCUUGAUCCUUAA